GUAUUGGUGACUUGUCGUAUCAUGGAUAUAUUACGGACAUCGUGCAGACGGUAAACAUUACCGUUCAUAAUAAGCAAUCGGAAGAUCGACGUUCGCCCAGCUAAAAUCUCGCUUGCAAUCAGCGGGCUUAGCUGCUGGACGUACGCUAUCAUGGCUUCACGAAAAUGAUUUCGAUGAGACAGUCAAAUACAAGAGAUCAGGGUACUAGAGUUUCGUCAAAGGAGGCAUCUCUACGACCCGACAGCGAUUUGUUUAUUAGGACUACCUGGGCAGAUGCUAGCUUAGCUUUAGCACAAGUUAAAAAGGGCAAAGCCAUUGGUAAUCGAGACGCUUUAGCAAUUAGAGCAUGGUUACAAAAAAGACUUUACUAUUUAGGAUGUGGAAUACAAAGAAAUGCAGGAAAAAUUAUAUUUCUCGGACUAUUGUUUCUGGGAUGUUGUUGUAUAGGACUAAAAUCACUUUCUCUGGAAACAGAUAUAGAAAAACUUUGGGUAGAAGACGGCGGUCGGCUGGCGAAGGAGUUGGGGUACAUGAAAAAGACUCUUGGAGAAGGUGUGGGCAGUACCAACCAAAUCGUCAUUCACACCCCCAAGGAGAAAGGGGCCAACGUUCUCCACCCUGAUACUCUACUUACCCACCUUCAAGUUCUCAAGGCAGCUAUCCAAAUCUCUGUUGAGGUCUUUGACAUACCCUGGAGCUUAAAAGAUCUGUGUUAUUCCCCUAGUUUUCCCCUUUUUGAAAAACAUUAUUUAGAUAUGCCUUUAGAAAAUUUAUUUCCUUGUGCUAUAAUUACUCCUUUAGACUGCUUUUGGGAAGGCUCAAAGCUUCUCGGACCAGAGUUUCCUGUAAAAAUUCCUGGUUUAAAUCGAUACGUUCAGUGGACUAAUUUAAAUCCUCAGUGGUUGAUGGAUACUGUAAAAAACUUUGGAAAUUAUGUACAGUCAUUACCGUUACACACGAUAGAAUCAUUUAUGAAAAGAGCUGGUAUUACUACUGCCUAUCAAGAAAAACCAUGUUUACAACCAUUAGAUGAAGAAUGCCCAGCUACUGCACCAAAUAAAAGAAACCGCCAACCUUUGGACAUUGGAGCUAAAAUGACUGGUGGUUGCUAUGGCUUUGCAACCAAAUACAUGCAUUGGCCUGAAGAUGUUCUUUUGGGUGGUAUAACAAAAAAUAAAUCUGGUCAUAUUGUAAAAGCUGAAGCUUUGCAAACAAUUGUACAGUUGAUGGCAGAAAAAGAAAUGUUUGAGUAUUGGCGAGAUCAUAUAAAGGUACACAACUUGGAUUGGUCUAUAGAUAAAGCAAAAAAAGUGAUUGAAGCUUGGCAAAGAAAAUUUAAUGAGAUUAUAGCUAAAGAGUCUCGAGCAGCUAAUGUAACAAAACGAAACUCUAUAAACGUUUUCUCCACAACUUCCUUAGGUGAUAUCAUGAAGGAUUUUUCUACAAUUAAUACUUACUUUGUCUUGCUUGGCUAUGUUGCAAUGGUCAUAUACGUGAUUAUAUGUAUGUUUAGAUAUGAUCCUGUUGACUCAUCAUUAGGGAUUGGAGUGGCAGGUGUUCUUCUUGUGACAUUCUCUGUUGCUGCUGGACUGGGUUGUUGCUCCAUUUUCGGCAUUGUUUACAAUGCUGCCACAACUCAGGUUUUACCAUUUCUUGCGCUUGGGCUAGGAAUGAAUAAUGUGUUUCUCAUUGUUCAUCAAUAUUUGUUGUGUGCUUCGCUAGAAGAAUACCAGGAUCAACUAACAGGAGAGAUUUUGAGGAGGACUGGAGUGAAUAUGGCGCUAACAUCUGUCAGUGUUAUAGGUGCUUUUACUGUUGCUUACAUUAUACCAAUACCUGCAUUAAGAAGUUUUGUUUUGCAAGCUGGUGUACUGAUAGCUUUCAGUACUGUCACUAUUUUGAUAAUUUUUUCUGCAAUCAUCAGUAUUGAUUUUAAAAGAAGAACAAGCUAUAGAAUGGAUGUUUUCUGUUGCAUUGAUUUCAGCAAAUCACACUCAGAAAAUGUUGAAAAUCAUUAUCAACCACUAAGGGCUUCCCCUUCUAGCUCUUCUGUAGUUCUACGUCAAGCUGUUACCCAUGCUCUUCCACCUGAUGGCAGUCACGUAAUUACUGUGUUAGCCCCCUCGGGUGGUCGACAAACAAAUCAAUCUUCUCAACAAACAGGGACUUCAACUGAGUCCAACAAUAAACUUGAAAAUUUGCAAACAGAAGAAAACAUUGCUGAUAUAAAUUAUACUGAAGUCUGUUACACCUGGUCAUUGUUGACAUGGUUUGCUAAUCGGAUUUUGGCUCCAUUUCUACUUCAACCUCUCGUAAAAUUCCUCAUAGUUGUUUUUGGUAUUGGUCUUAUUUGUGCUGGAAUGUGGGGAAUCAUGCAAGUGAAAGAUGGCUUGGAUUUGACUGACAUUGUUCCCAGGAAUACAAACGAAUACCAAUUUCUCAACCAGAGAGCAAAAUAUUUUGGCUUCUUCAAUAUGUUUGUUGUAACCCAAGGCAGUUUUGAAUAUCCUACAAAUCAGCAACUACUGUAUGACUAUCACGAAGCAUUUACGAGGGUGGAGAAAAUUAUUAAAAAUGAUAAUGGUGGACUGCCUGAGUUUUGGCUGACAAUGUUUAGAGACUGGUUGAUAGGUUUACAAAAAGCAUUUGAUGAAGAAUGGAAGAAAGGGUGCAUUACUCAAGAGAAUUGGUGUUCUAAUGCGACUGAUGAUUCUAUAAUGGCUUAUAAAUUGCUUGUGCAGACUGGUCGAAUAGAUAAUCCUGUUGAUAAGUCUCUUGUUAAAACAAUGAGGCUCGUAGACAGCAGUGGUAUUAUUAAUCCCAAAGCAUUUUAUAACUACCUCUCUGCUUGGGUGUCUAAUGAUGCAUUGGCAUAUUCUGCUUCUCAGGCUAAUUUUGUGCCAGAGCCUCGUCGCUGGACACACGAUCCUCAAGAUGUUGAGCUAAAGAUGCCCAAAUCUCAGCCACUUGUUUAUGCCCAAAUGCCUUUUUUUCUCAGUGGUUUAGGGACUACUGAAGAAAUAACAGAAACCAUUCGUGAUGUAAGGACUAUAUGUGAGAAGUUUGAAGAUAAAGGUCUCCCUAACUUUCCUACAGGAUUACCAUUUGUGUACUGGGAGCAGUAUCUAUCCCUCAGAUACUACUUAGGGCUUGCCAUGCUCUGCAUCUUUUUGGCUAUUUUCUUUGUCAUUGCUGUUGCUCUUUUCAAUCUUUGGGCUGCUGCAUUUGUUGUAAUCUUCAUUGCUGUGAUAAUUGUUGAAUUGUUUGGAUUUAUGGGUUUAACGGGUAUCAAAUUAAGUGCAGUGCCAGCAGUUAUUCUGAUUGCUGCAGUUGGUCUUGGAGUAGAAUUCACAGUUCAUUUAAUCAUGAGUUUCAUCACAAGUAUUGGAAAUCGUGAAGAAAGAAUGGGAAUGGCCUUAGAAUACAUAUUUUCUCCUGUUGUUCAUGGAGCGCUUUCUACUCUUAUUGGAGUUAUAAUGCUUUCCUUCUCAGAAUUCGAUUUCAUCUUCCGGUAUUUUUUUACAGUGUUAUGUGCCUUGAUGCUAAUUAGCAUGUUCAAUGGUUUUGCAUUUUUUCCUGUAUUGCUCAGUCUAAUUGGUCCUUCUGCUGAGGUAAUACCAUCAGAUAACUCAAAUAGGCUUCAGACUCCUUCACCUGAACCAUCUCCUCCAAUUAGACAACGUGUGCGGUUAGCACGCCCUUUCCAUCGCCGUGUUUAUCCCAGAGUGCCCUCUGAAAUAUCCUUAUCAACAAUCACAGAAGAGUCCGGUUCUUGCCAUUCUGCAGAGAUUAUCGUGCAGCCAGAAGUAACAGUUGAGACUACUACAGUUACAAAUACAAGCAAUGGCACUACGACAGUCAAUACAACAACAAAUACUGAUAAUAACACUGACAGUCAGUCAGAUGACAGCUCAAAGUGCAACUCACCUAGUGAUUUUAAAUGCAAUUCACCUUCUGGGGAAAGCACAACAACCACUACAUCUACUACAAACCCUAAUUCUGGUACCACUCAAACUGCAGUAACUACCAGAGUUACAGCAACAGCUAAAGUUAAAGUUGAAGUGCAUGCUCCUUUAUCAAGUUCAAUUGAUUAUUCCAGAUAUAGGAGAAGGCGUGAUAGUUCCUCAUCCAGAAGCUCAAGUGCACGCAGUUCUCCUACUUGAAUGUAAAAUGAUCUUUCUUCCCGGUUUUAUCAUUCCAAAGAAUCAAGAUUAUUAUGAAUUCAGCUUUAGGUUGCAUUUUUGGAGCAAGGGGUAGUGGCGAGGGAUGCAAAACGGAAAGGUUGAAGCAGAAAGCGUUGAAUACUUCAGAAUCAAGAAUUGUGUUGGAAGUGAUGAGAAGAAGAGGAAAAAUCAAAUAAUACAACUCAAUCAAGAAAUGACAUGCCGAGAUAGGUGAACAUUUAUACUGAUUGUAAUGCAACUCUGGUGAUUUUGUGUAUUAGGUUGAUUUGGCAUCCAUUUGUUGAACUGAAACACAAUGGUUGUUGUCUUGUUCAUGUUUAAAAUCAAAAGGCGCUAGUCUGUAUAUAACAUAUAAAGUUUUAUAUUUUGUUGUACUAACAAAAAAGUGAUGGAAAUUUUAUUUAUUUUAUUUUGUCAAGUCAACCUCUUACAAUGUUUUCUGCCAAACAGACAUUGCCAGCGAUGUUGAGCUCAAGCAGAUUUCCAGGGAUAUAAAAAGUUACUACAAUUGUUCCUUAUUACAUACCUUUUUAAUUUAUUUGAGUGAUUGUUUAGUAUGCCUGAGUGAAUGCGUGAUCUUGUGUUACUUUUAAGCUGUAAGUCAUUAUUAUUUUUUUUUUAAUGAAAGAAUUUUUUAUCUGAUUCCAAUGGGGUCAUUUCUGUAACAAUACCUCUAAAAUAAAACAUGCAUCGAUAUAUAUUAUAAAAAUAGUUAACAAUAAGCUCAUUAUGAAGAUUUUAUAAUAUUCUGAACUUUAUUUUA